AUGCAGAGGUUACAGAUUAGUUCUCGGCCAUUCCGAAGAGUUUCUGAUCAACCCUCUUGCCGGAUUUCUUCAAUCCCCGACGGGCUCGUGGUCUAUGACGCUGCCAAGAAGGAUCUGAUGCUUCACAAUAAUAGUUACAAGUCUGUUAAUGGAGAGAGAGCUAUUCAUAUAAUCCCUCUUGUUCUUUUUUUAUGUGCUUUUGUUCUUUGGUCUUUUUCAAGUUACUAA